AUGGAAGCAAAAAGGUGGCGGAGAGUGAUUGCAAGAACCACACUUAAUAAACGGUAUAAUAUGAAUGCAAACUGUCAACAACCGGCCACAGAGAAGACAAUGGCAUUAGUAACAGUACAGACUCCUCCGCCGAACCCACAUGAUGAUCGGACGGCGAUGAUUAUUGAUUGGCUAAUAAAUUUAUUUAUUCUGAUUGGUGCAUCUUUCUGGUCACGCUGGGGUAGUCGUAUCCUGACGGCGUCAGAAAAAAUAGCCGACGGGCUUCUGACCUUGCAGGGUUACAUGCCUCCCACUUCUUUCAAUCAAUGGAUCCGUAGGUCAUCGUUCUGUUAUCACUCCCCUCAAUGGCCAACUAGUUUUGGCGAAGCGACCGAAAGAUCUAGUAUUGGGCCGAAAGAUUUGGCAAAACUUAGCGCAUAA